AUGCUGAGCAACAUCUCUUUUGACGCGUGGACGAUCGCGCUCGUCACAACCGGCGCCUUGUGUGCUUACUGGGCCUUUGAUAGCUUGGUUUUGACUAUCAAGUUGCGCAAGUCCAGCGGCGUUCGCUCUAAUGUGUUGGCUAGCAAUCCAUUUACAGCAAUCUACCUCUUCUGGCAAACUGCUUACUAUCAAAUGAACAACCGGCUCUUGGAAUACUUCAAUUACAUGCUGAGUAACAACAAGUCUACCUGUCCCCAUGCUGCCGAAGUCUCUGUACUUGGACGACGCAUCAUCGUGACCAGGGACCCCGAGCACAUCAAAGCAGUCCUCACCAGCAAGUUUACCCAGUUCGGUAAGGGACCGCAGUUUCAUGACAUCUGGGAACCUUUUCUUGGAGACAGCAUCUUCACCACCGAUGGAAAGCAAUGGCAAGGCAGCCGAAGCUUGAUCCGACCCAUGUUCGUCAAGGACAGGGUUCGGGACUUGGAUAUUUUCGACCGAUGGACGGACACACUGAUUUCGCAUAUCCCCGGUGAUGGACAGACUGUAGACAUGUGCGACCUGUUCUAUCGGAUGACGCUGGAUGUGACGACAGACUUUCUUCUUGGUGCAAGUGUUGGCAGCUUGGAUAAGUAUGUGCCGCCUAUCCCAACUAAGAGUCAAGGACGGGAAAUGUCUGACAAGGAGGACAGUCCUCGAAGCGAGUUUAGCAAGGCAUUCACCGAAGUCCAACGAGCCCAGAUGAUUCUCACCAUUCUUGCCCCCUUCUGGCACGUCCUGCCCAAGAGACAGUACCACAAGGGCAUCAAGAAGCUCGAAGAAUUCAUGAACCCGUAUAUCCAGGCGACCCUAAAGCUAAGCGACGAAGAGCUGGAGAAACUUUCCAAGUCCGAUAAGGACUUCACGUUCCUUCACAAUAUCGCACUCUACUCCAAGGACCCCAAGGUCAUCCGAGACCAGAUCAUGGCAGUGCUGUUGGCUGGGCGAGAUACCACUGCUUCUACCCUGUCCUGGACGUUGUACGAGCUCUGCAACUAUCCUGCGAUCUGGGCCAAGUUGCGACAGGAGGUUCUCGAAGUCGUCGGUCCUACCAAAACGCCAAGCUAUGACGAUCUCAAGAGUAUGCGAUAUCUGAACCACGCCAUCGACGAGACAUUGCGUCUGUACCCUGCUGUUCCGUACAAUUGGAGAGCCGCCGUUGCGAAUACGACCCUGCCUGGACAAAUCGGUCAACCCGACAUUGCUGCAAACAACAGAGACAUCAUCCUCUACAGCACACUGGCCAUGCAGCGCCGCCGAGAUUUGUACCCGCCCGUCUCGGAGAAGUUCGCCGACCCGGAUAUUUACAGUCCCGAUCGAUGGGAGCACUGGACUCCCAAGCCGUGGCAGUAUGUACCGUUCAAUGGUGGUCCUCGGAUCUGCAUUGGGCAGAACUUUGCCCUUACCGAGAUGGCAUUCGUCCUGGUCCGCCUGCUGCAAAAGUACGAAAGAAUCGAGUAUCGUGGCGACUGGAACGCCCAAUACCACAAGGCCGAAGUCGUAGGGUGCCCUGGACAAGGUGUACCGAUGACCUUUUAUGCGGCAAAGAACUAG